GCCAAUCCGCCUCGCUCGUCAGCGUUUCGUCUCUCGGAAUUGCGAUGCAUCGAUUCGCCGUGGUCUCCUCGUCCGCCACCCUUCUCCUCCCUCCGGCGGCUCUCGGCCUCGGCGCCAGCGCCACCCCGGCCCUAACCCUGGCCUCCACCGCCGCUCCACUCCGCCGCUGCGGCUCGCCGCCAUGCCUCGCCCGCCUACGCAGAAGCAGCAUGUGCUCCUCCUCCUCCUCGGCGGCGGCUACUACGGCCGCGGCGGUAGAGGAGGCGCGGCGCGGGCGGAAGCAGCUUGGAAUGGACCCGCCGCUCUACGACUACCUCCUCGCCAACGUCCGCGAGCACCCCGUUCUCCGGGACCUCCGGGAAGAGACGGCGUCCAUGAGAGGCAGCCAGAUGCAGGUUUCUCCCGCUCAGGCUCAGCUUCUCGCGAUGCUUGUGCAAAUUCUUGGGGCACAGCAAUGUAUUGAAGUCGGCGUCUACACUGGAUAUUCGUCAUUAGCUGUCGCACUAGCACUCCCUGAAUCAGGUCGUUUGGUUGCUUGUGAAAGGGACGAAAGAUGUCUAGAAGUUGCCAAGAGGUACUAUCAGUGUGCUGGUGUUGCACAUAAGGUUGAUGUCAAGCAUGCUUUAGCUGUGGAUUCCCUGAGGUCAUUAAUUGACUGUGGUGAAGCUUCCAGCUAUGAUUUUGCAUUCGUUGAUGCGGACAAGAGAAUGUAUGAGGAAUACUUUGAACUUCUACUUAAGCUAGUAAGAGUUGGCGGUUUAAUUGUAAUGGACAAUGUCCUUUGGUACGGAAGAGUUGCUGAUCCCCUAGUGAAUGACGCAAAGACUAUCAGUAUAAGGGACUUCAAUAAGAAACUUUUUGAGGAUAAACGUGUCAAUAUCAGCAUGGUGCCAAUUGGUGAUGGGAUGACAAUUUGUCGAAAGCUACAAGAUACUUGUACUUCAUAGAUGUUGUAAACUUCCCCUUACCAAGGUCUGGCUUCCGGUAAAGAAAACAGGUCGUGCUCUCGAAGAUCAAACUGCUUUUAGGCAAUCAGGUAAAAAGGUGAAAGCUUGGUUGCAGUUGGAGUGUUGGACCAUCCUCAAGAGUACUAAUCAUCAUGUAGGCAUGGAGGUAAUAUAAGCUUCCUCAGAUCGUCUAUCGCCAUAUCGAGGAAGAAAAACAUUGACACAUCUGUUUUUCUCAACUUAACUCAACCCUGGAAAGGUGGAGCCGAUUGUGCCACUCAGGAGCUAAGAACACAGCACAAAACAGACUGCUUUCGUGUUGAGGCACAAUGAAUUUUGACAGUUCUUUCCGCUGUUGCAUCGAGUUCUUCCGAAAGUGGGUGGAUGAAUUGGUAACACAUGUAAGAUGUAGGGAAAUCUUGCGUCGUUUCAGGACGAUGAUGCUGAACUCGUCGGGUUUUGGUAAUUUUCUUAGUCCAAGGAUUGUCACCAAUGUUCAGACGAGCUAUUCUAGCUAUUGGACCAAAUAUGGUUUCUGUAUAUUAGUGAUAAAAAGCUAUUCAGGUCGAUCUCAUAUAGACUCAAAGUGCAACAUACUAUUACUUCUUUUUUUACUGUUUUGUUGUUUAAUCUGUUCGGUGGUUUGUAUUUAGAUUUCAGAUGCAACUCGAACCGUCUCUCUUUAUCGUAAAUCGAUCAAUGUGAAUCAGGAUAGUCA